AUGGUUGGAAGGCCGAUCCCUCAUCGGCAAAGAUCCUCCAGCAUUCAGAAGUCAUGUAUCGAGACUACACAAGAGUUCCGGUACAACGCUCAAUUGCGGCAAUAUAGUCCCAGAGAAUUGAAGGCUAUCGACGAGUUUGUGGACAAGAACUUAGCUCGAGGAUACAUUGAAAAAUCGACAGCAAAGUGCAGCUCACCCUUGUUACUGGUACCGAAAAAGGGCACGGAUGAACUACGAGUAUGUGUCGACUUUCGAAAACUGAACGCGAUUACUAAGAAGCGAGUACACGCACCCCUUCCCACGGCCGCCUAUAGGAAUAGGAUAGCACAAGCACGAUGGUAUUCGAAGUACGACAUCGAGGAGGCUUUCUACCAUCUCCGCAUUCGGAAGGAAGACAGACCAAAGACAACCUUUCGCUGUCAUCGUGGCACUUUCCAAUUCGUUGUCAUGCCAUUCGGCCUUACGAAUGCUCCAGCAGAAUUCCAAAUCUACAUCGAGAAUAUUCUAUGGGAACUGCUCGGCAAGCACGUUACAAUACACUUGGACGAUAUCCUCCUCUUUACCGACGAUUUGAAGACGCAAACGCGGCACAUAUGCAGCAACUUACCCGCCACGCAGUAA